AUGCCUCAGAACCAGGACUACACCUACAAGAGCUCCAGCACCAACAGCCAGGGCAACCACUACUGCGCUCGCGACUAUGGCUCCAGUGCCGCCAACUCCAACUCGUACCACUAUUCCAAUAGAGAUGGAUCGUACUACUACUCCAAUCCCAACGGCAGCUCCUACUACAAUGACGGAAAGGGAGGCGCGAGCUACACUCCUCCUGGUGGAAAGAAAUGA